GCGGCCUCGGGCUGCAGUGCCGCUGCCCAGCGCCCGCGAGCCGGGCUUGCCGGCGUGCCUCGCCGCUUAUCUGCGCUGUUUGGACAGCGAGGGUUGGAAAGGCAGGCGUUUCUGUCCCCGCCGAGUCAACAGGCAGACCCCGGGCCGCCGGACUAUUUCUGUCUUAUCAGUGCAGGAAUGCGGCAGCCGCGGCGGCGGCGGCGGCGGCGGCGGGCGGGCGGCGGCGGCGUGGGCCGUGGGCCGUCAGGGCAGCCCUGAAGGGGCCCCCUCCCCACUCCGCUCGAGUAGAAGUGUGAGAGAGCCCAGCAGGACUCAGAGGGGAGAGUUGGAGGAAAAAAAAAGGCAGAAAAGGGAAAGAAAGAGGAAGAGAGAGAGAGAGUGAGAGGAGCCGCUGAGCCCACCCCGAUGGCCGCGGACGAAGUUGCCGGAGGGGCGCGCAAAGCCACGAAAAGCAAACUUUUUGAGUUUCUGGUCCAUGGGGUGCGCCCCGGGAUGCCGUCUGGAGCCCGGAUGCCCCACCAGGGGGCGCCCAUGGGCCCCCCGGGCUCCCCGUACAUGGGCAGCCCCGCCGUGCGACCCGGCCUGGCCCCCGCGGGCAUGGAGCCCGCCCGCAAGCGAGCAGCGCCCCCGCCCGGCCAGAGCCAGGCCCAGAGCCAGGGCCAGCCGGUGCCCACCGCCCCCGCGCGGAGCCGCAGUGCCAAGAGGAGGAAGAUGGCUGACAAAAUCCUCCCUCAAAGGAUCCGGGAGCUGGUCCCCGAGUCCCAGGCUUAUAUGGACCUCCUGGCAUUUGAGAGGAAACUAGAUCAAACCAUCAUGCGGAAGCGGGUGGACAUCCAAGAGGCUCUGAAGAGGCCGAUGAAGCAAAAGCGGAAGCUGCGUCUUUAUAUCUCCAAUACGUUUAACCCUGCGAAGCCCGAUGCUGAAGAUUCCGAUGGCAGCAUCGCCUCCUGGGAGCUGCGGGUGGAGGGGAAGCUCCUGGAUGACGUACGUCCUGGCCCAGCCCCACCCGCUCCCAACGCAUCCUGCCCCCACAGUCCCUGUCCUGCCCCCACGGUCCCUGUUCCUCUCCCACAGCCCAGCAAGCAGAAGCGGAAGUUCUCUUCCUUCUUCAAGAGUUUGGUCAUUGAGCUGGACAAAGACCUUUAUGGCCCUGACAACCACCUAGUUGAGUGGCACCGCACACCCACGACCCAGGAGACGGACGGCUUCCAGGUGAAGAGGCCGGGGGACCUGAGCGUACGAUGCACGCUGCUUCUCAUGCUGGACUACCAGCCUCCCCAAUUCAAACUGGAUCCCCGCUUGGCCCGGCUGCUGGGGUUGCACACACAGAGCCGCUCCGCCAUCGUGCAGGCCCUGUGGCAGUAUGUGAAAACCAACAGGCUGCAGGACUCACAUGACAAGGAAUACAUCAAUGGGGACAAAUAUUUCCAGCAGAUUUUUGAUUGCCCCCGGCUGAAGUUUUCUGAGAUUCCCCAGCGCCUCACAGCUCUGCUGUUGCCCCCUGACCCAAUUGUCAUCAACCACGUCAUCAGCGUGGACCCGUCGGACCAGAAGAAGACGGCGUGCUAUGACAUUGAUGUGGAGGUGGAGGAGCCCCUGAAGGGACAGAUGAGCAGCUUCCUUCUGUCCACGGCCAACCAGCAGGAGAUCAGCGCUCUGGACAGUAAGAUCCAUGAGACGAUUGAGUCCAUAAACCAGCUCAAGAUCCAGAGGGACUUCAUGCUAAGCUUCUCCAGAGACCCCAAAGGCUACAUCCAAGACCUGCUCCGCUCCCAGAGCCGGGACCUCAAGGUGAUGACGGACGUGGCAGGCAACCCUGAGGAGGAGCGCCGGGCUGAGUUUUACCACCAGCCCUGGUCCCAGGAAGCCGUCAGCCGCUAUUUCUACUGCAAGAUCCAGCAGCGCCGGCAGGAGCUGGAGCAGUCGCUGGUCGUGCGCACCACCUAGGAGCCCCUGCGGAGGAGCAGGAGCACCAGGAGCACCGCUGAGGGCCUCUGGGCCGGGCCUGCCCCGCCCCCGGGCUCUGCCAUCGCCCCUCUGACGCCUUCCGGGUGAGGCAGGGGAAUGAUUAAAGCUCAUGCAUCUGA